AUGGCCGAUCCAGAAUUAGCAUCAAAGCUGGCCAGACGUUUGGAAAACAUCAAUAGCUUUGAUGAAGAAGAUGCACAACCACACAAAGAACCGCCACCAGCUCCAGUUCUCCCAGAAAAGGUGGUUGCAAAUCCGUAUGUUGCCUCCGAUGAUUCGGUGUCAAUUGAUGACCUCAUCGCAAAGACUUUAGAGCGAAAUGAACACGAAUCACAUAGUGAAGAGAAUAACAAUAACGGAGCACACCGAGGCCGUUCCGGUGUGCGGAUGUUCGCAUUCGCGCGCGCACGCGCCACUGAUGUUUUCGUUGCUGUUUUGCGCACUUGCUUUUGUAAACACUAUCUACGAACUGUAUUGUCGCGAGAAGAGUCAAGAGUCGUCGUUUUCAUUCGGGAAUAA